AUGGCUAUGUUCCCCGCAAGGCGGCCCACUACGCCGGAGCACCGCGAUGCAUCCAGUCAGCAUGACGAUGGCGAUGGCGAUGGCGAUGGCAGUGAGGGAUCUCCAGUUAUAUUAACGCCCAGAGCGAAGAUAAGGGCUCUCGUGGCCGCUUAUGAUGUGGACUCGGACGAGGAUGCCAAUACAAGCGCCAAUACCGAGACAAGCAAUAAGAAGCUGGGCGGUGAGGAGCCGGAGGUGAUGAAGAAUAAGAAGGUGCCUGUGUCGAGGCCGUCGUUUACGACGCUGGCGGCGGAUAGGGCGUGGGUGGCUGGCAAGGGUGAGAGGGCUGGUAGUGCCGGGCAUAUGAAUCACGAGGAGGAUGAGGAUGAGGAUGAGGAUGAGGAUGAGGCUCCUGUGAGGCCGAAAGGGAAGAUGGCGGCGAGGAUGCAGGCUGCUGCUGCUGCUUCUGCUGCUGCUGCGGCAGACCAACGUUUAUCAUGGGGGGGGAGGGUAGAUGAGGGGAUGGGUAAUGGGGAUCGUGCGGCGGUUUCUGAGGAUGUGAAUCGGGAUGAGAAUAUGGGUGCAGAUGGAGAUGCUACAAUGUCUACAUCUACACGGAAAACUUCUCCUGUACCAGAGUCUCGUUCACAUUUCCCGCAGUUUGUGGCGCAGGGCUCACCCAAGCUGAAUGCCAAUGAUGCUACGCAAGAUACUACAGAUACAACUGACGAUGAACUUCCGACAACUAGAGGGAGGAGGCGGAAAUCCCGCUCCAUUGCAUCGAACAGAUCACUUUCGCCGCUGUUGGUCCCGCAGGAUUCACCCGUUACUAAGAAGAAUGACAAGUUGGUCGAUGGCAUGGAGACAGAUGAUGAUGAUGAUGAUGAUGAUGAUGAUGAUGGUGAUGACAAUGCCCCAGCAUCCUCCACAGCCCACAACCGCCUGCUGGCCCUCGUCGAGAAGAAGCGGAAGGAACGGGAAGCGCGUGAACAGCUCGAGGAGGAGAAGAAAGCAGCACGCCUACAGCGAUCCAGCGACCUGCAGGAAAAGCUGUUUAGUUCUGAUCAGGUCAUCGGUGAUGGCGACGAUGACGCAGAUGACGACGAUUUGGAAGCGGCAAGGAAGCUAACACAGCAUUCACGGCCCUCAGCGAGAAAGGCGAGUAAGAAGGCGCUCCUCGAGAUGAAUCGGGAGACGCAGAGGAUUAGUCGGAAUAUGCAGCUGGCACAUCAGGCCGUGACCAGGAAGAAGAUUACAGUUGAUAGCUUUUUGGAGAGGUUUAGGAAGAAUAGUGCGGGUACGGGUGCAGCCGGGUUCGUUGCUGCGGCUCCGGCCUCGAGUUCUGUGCCUGCUUCUUCGGAUAAUGAGGGGCAACGAAGACAGUCUACGCCGCCUUCUUCGCCGGUGGAAGAAGAGCGCGCGUUAGGAGAUGAACCUGCCGAUCCGGCUGUUGAGGAUACCUAUUCACAUAAAGAGGUCGACGUGACGAACCAUGAGGACCUUGAACUACCGUCUGUGGAGGAUAUAUUCGCUGGGACUGCAAGGGUUGUCGCCAAUGCACCACCCCACCCGGCCCCCGAGCUUUCCUCCAAGCCACCCUCCGUGGCCCCAGCAACCGCACCAAAGUCAUCCAAACCAGCACGACCCGUCGUCCGCGUCCGCCUCUCCCGUCAAUCCAUAGAAGAAAACCAAAAGAACGACUCCGACUCUGACCUGGAAAUAAUCACCUGUCCCGCCAAGACGAGACGCACAGCCGUCUUUGAAAACCUGCCCGCCCGCAAUAACCAGUCCUCGUCAUCGAGCACGUUGCUGAAACUGAAGACACUGGCGCAGCUUACGUCGCCGUCCAAGAUGAAGCAGAGGUCCAUGACGCAGGGGGAGUUGGAGGAGAAUUUGAUUCGGAGGGCGAGAAUGCAGGCGCUGAGGGAGAGGGAGGAGAGGAUUGAAGAUCUGAAGAGAAAGGGGGUUUGGGUUGAAAGUGCUGAGGAGAGGGGGAGGGUUGAGGAGGAGGUUGAGGAUUUGUUGGAGAAGGCAAGGGGGGAGGCGAGGGAAAUUGCGAGGAGGGAGAAGAGGGAGGGGAAGAAGAAGGGGGAGGGGGAUCAGGAUGUGGUGGAUUUGGAUGAUAGUGAGGAUGAGGAUUAUGAGGGCGAGGAGGAGGAGGAAGAGGUGGAGGAAGAGGUGGAGCUUUCUGGGUCUGAUGAGGAAAAUGAGGAAGAUGAGGAAGGGGAAAGGGAAGGGGAAGAGGAAGGGGAAGAGGAAGAAUUGGAGGAUGGGUAUGUACGAACUGAGAAAGGGGAUGAGGGGACUGGGCAAUUUAUCCAUAAAGAAGCUGAUGAAGCUAUGGUCUCCGACGAUGAGCGAAGUGAAUCGGAGGAGCCCCUGGUGCAAGGAAUGGACGAAAAUGCACCGCGCAGGAAUAGAAGACGGGUCAUCAUGGAUGAAGAAGACGACGAUGUGGAUGACCUCAACGAAAACGAACCCAAAAACACCCUUCCUAAACCCCACGAAACCCCCAUCCGCUCCCAGCACUCCCAACCUCUCUUCCCUCACCUCCCAACGACCGGCACCCCCUUAAUGGGCCUAACCCAAGCCUUUGGCGCCACCUUCGCAAACAGUCAAGACGACCAGGACUCCGAUGGCCAAGAGGACUCCCUCGCCCUCCUACGCCGCAUGUCGAAUUCCGAGCGUCCCGUCGACGAGCUGCUGGAACGCGACUUCCAGCAGGAUAUAAUCCGCGACAGCCAGGGCAGUGGUGCCAUCUCGGAUUCGCUGCCCCUUGAUAUCUUCGCUAGCUAUCCAGUUGCCAGUGGGGAACGUGUCUCUGAGUCCCCAGCAGCGAGGACGGUGGCGUCGUAUUCGUAUUCGCAGGCACCGGAGCCGACACAGGAUGCUGGGUUUGUGUAUUCGCCGUUCGAUCAGGGGAGGAGGUUCAAGGAUGUGCCGUUGUCCACGGUGGAGACGGUUGCGGUAGGGGGUGGAGGUGGGAAUGAUAUGUCUCCUGUUGCGAGGAGGGGGAAGGGGAAGUUGAGGCGUGGGCCUGCUGCGGAGUUUUCGGAUGUGGAGGAGGAGCGUGGUGAGGAUGACGACGAUGAUGAAGAUGAUGGGGUUUUGGGUAAACGUAGCGCGUUUGAUGUUAUGCGCAAAUCGUCGUUGGGGAAAUCUGCAAAAGCAAAAGCGAAGACGCCCUUUGACAAGACGAAGAGUAAGGCGAGGGAUGUUGUUGAUGAUGUUGCAGAGGAGUCUGAGGAUGAAUAUGCGGGGCUUGGAGGGGCGAGUGAUGAGAGUGAGGGUGAGGAGGAUGAGAUCGAUCUUAGUAUGAUCAAUGAUGAGAGCGGAGAGGUGGUUGAUGAGAAGCAGUUGGCGGCUUUGAAUGCAACCCACUCCCGCCAACAAGACGAGCAGCAAGUCAACAAGCUCAUGCGCGACAUCACCACCGGCGCCCUCCGUCGUCGUCGUGGUGCAGCAACCGACGACCUGGACCUGUCUGAUUCCGACGACGAACGCAUCGCCGCCCGCCGCCGGGCGAAGAGGAGGGAGUUUGCGAAGAUGCGCAAGGCGCUGUUGGCUGAUGAGAAGAUCGGGAUGAUUGCGGAGGAUCCGAAGAAAUCUGCUUUUUUGCGCACAAUUGAGGAUCGGGAUGUGGAUAGUGACACUCCCAUGGCGGAGUUUUUGGGCGAGGAUGGCGAUGGCGAUGGCGAUGGCGCUAGCUCGCAGGAUACGCCGGAGCGAGAUGUCGUCAUGGCUGGUCAGCUGGAGGGGCUUGAGAACAGGCACUCUGCUGCUACCAAUAAUAAUAAUAAUAAUAAUCGCAAACGCCCACUUGACCAGUCAGCCCACGAUGAGGUAAAUCGGCGUCCACCGCCUCAUCUGCGUCGGAAGGCAGGAGGGGGUGUGACGACGAGCAAGAAGCCGUCGACGCUCGCUGAGAUUCGCCAGAGUGUCUCGUUCCUGCUUGAGGGGGAUGAGCCAAAUGAGUCGGAGCCGUUUACCGGGGAUAUCUUGCUUUCGGAUGAGGAGCAGCCGGAAGAAGCGCGUCGGGCGAGGGAGGGAACUGCUGAUGAGGAACAGGAUGACGAGCCGGAGACGCAUCUUUUCUCUAACGGUCGCGGGGAUGGGAAUGGUGGCUCUGACAGAGCGAGCUCCAGCAGUGGUGGUAGGGGCAGUGGAAGCACCCACUCCAACCCCCGCCGCCGCCGACCGCGGGGCAAAGUCGUCGACCGCCUCUCUCUCCGGCGCCAGGCAUCCUCCAACGCCGCCUCCACCUCCACCAGCACCUCCACCAGCACCUCCACCAGCACCAGCACCAGCACCAGCACCACCCCAUCGCAACGACCUCCGGUCCCCGCCAAGCCUUCUUCUCCACAAGCAGCGUACCAACCUUCACACGCCCGCCGCCGCUCAUCCGCCGCGCCACGAGCAACCUAUCCGCUUCGUCCGUGA